AUGGAAUUCACUUCGUUCGCCGGCAACAAGCGCACCGUCACUUCGGACGUCGCGCGACGCGCAGACUUCAAUGAGAUCCCAUUGAUCUCCUUGGAAGCGCCGAAAGAGGUACUACUGGAGCAGCUCCGCGAUGCCUGCACCAGAGUCGGCUUCUUGUACAUCCAAGAUCACGGCGUCCCGCAGGAGAAGAUUGACGCAGUAUUUAACGUUGCCAAGAACUUCUUCGCGCAAGAUGGCACGACAAAGAACCAAAUCAACUACAAGAAGUCCAGCAUUCUCCGGGGUUACGAGCCGCCAGCAGAGGUGCGAACGGAUGAGACGAGGAAGCCAGAUUUGAACGAAGCGUUCAACUGGGGAUACGAGAAAAGCCUCGACCCAUUGCCCAAGGCCAAAGAGCAGCCAGAAUGGAAGGCGAAUCCCAUGUCAGGCCCAAAUGUGUGGCCAGAGUUUCCGGGAUUCAAAGAGGCCAUCGCGGAUUACUACGGCGAGAUCCUGAGCCUUGCGCGGCGACUGAUCAAGCUGUUUGCGUGUGUCUUGCAGCUUCCGGAGGACUUCUUCGACCAAUUCGUCUCAACCCCGGGAGCCAUGGGCAGACUUCUUCACUACCCUCCUCAAGCGGCCAACGACGCGGAAGCGCUUGGCAUCGGCGCACACACAGACAUUGAGUGCUUCACCAUCCUCUGCCAGGGAAACGUUCCGGCACUCCAGAUCCUCAACGCCAAUGGCGAAUGGAUCCAGGCUCCGCCCGUGCCGGGAACCUUUGUCGUGAACAUCGGCGACAUGCUCGCACGGUGGACCAACGACCGUUUCAUCUCCACCGUGCACCGUGUGUGGAACGUGACGGGACAAGAGCGGUACUCGAUUCCCUUCUUCUUCGGUGCCAAUUACGAUUCGGUCAUCACAACGCUGGACUCGUGCUUGACAGAAGGUCAGACGAAAUAUGAGCCCGUGCUGGCUGGCGACUACGUGUACCGCAGGCUGGCAGCUAGUCGUAUGGAGAAGAAGCAGGAGAUCCAGGGCAAAGCAUAG